AUGAAUAGUAAUAUAGCCGUACGAAAUUACAGAAAACCUACGGAUAAAAAUGGUUUCCUAAGUGCCAGCAGUGGACAUUUGCCCAGGUGGAAACAAAAUAUUCCACUUGGACAAUAUCAACGAAUAAGAAGAAACUGCACUUACUUGGAAAAUUUUGAGAAAGAGUCUGAAGAUCUGGACUCUAGGUUUAAAGAUAAGGAUUAUGUGUAUUUUGAGAAUUCGUCAAGCAAUCCGUACCUUAUCCGCAGAAUAGAGGAGCUUAACAAGACCGCAAACGGUAACGUAGAAGCAAAAGUUGUAUGUUUGUUUCGCCGCCGAGACAUCUCCAGCAGCCUGAACAGUCUUGCCGACAGUAAUGCACGGGAGUUUGAGGAGGAAUCUAAGCAGCCGACUAUGGGCGAAUCUCCGCGGCACCAACUUAAGCACCGAGAGCUUUUUCUUUCACGCCAGUUUGAGUCCUUACCCGCAACGCACAUCCGGGGGAAGUGCAGUGUAACUCUGCUUAACGAGACUGACCUUCUGGGCCAAUACUUAGAGAAGGAGUUCCACGCCAUGGACACCCUGCAAAGAAACGGCUAUGAUCUAGCUCGUGCAAUGUCCACUCUGGUGCCACAAGGAGGUCCAGUCCUGUGCCGGGAUGAGAUGGAAGAGUGGUCGGCAUCAGAGGCGAUGCUUUUUGAGGAGGCGCUGGAGAAAUAUGGGAAGGAUUUCAAUGAUAUCCGACAAGACUUUCUCCCUUGGAAAUCUCUCGCUAGUAUUGUACAGUUUUACUACAUGUGGAAAACCACUGAUAGGUAUAUCCAGCAGAAACGUCUUAAGGCAGCAGAAGCAGACAGCAAGCUGAAACAAGUCUACAUCCCCACCUACACCAAACCCAACCCCAACCAGAUCAUUGCAAUGGGACCCAAAUCUGGUAUGAAUGGAGCUGGGUUCCAGAAAGGUCUGACCUGUGAGAGCUGCCACACCACAGUCUCUGCUCAGUGGUAUGCUUGGGGGCCACCUAAUAUGCAGUGUCGCUUGUGCGCCUCUUGUUGGAUCUAUUGGAAAAAAUAUGGUGGACUAAAAACUCCAACACAAUUAGAGGGUGCAGCACGUAACGUAGGGGAGCCACAUUCCCGUGGACACCAGUCCCGCCCAGAUCCUCAUAAUUUGUCUUCAUACACCACUAGUGCCAACCGAGCUAAACUGCUGGCUAAGAACAGGCAGACCUUCCUCCUACAGACGACCAAACUGACCCGUAUCGCACGGCGUAUGUGCAGAGAUAUUUUACAGCCUCGAAGAGCUGCCCGUCGACCUUAUGCCCCAAUUAACUCUAAUUCAAUUAAAGCAGAGUGUGAGUUUUUAUAAAUUUUGAGCUCUACU